CCGAGAUGCAAUUCUCUUAUCCCGUGCCGUCAAAAUUUCUAGAUUUUAUCAGUCGCGAAGUCACGGCACACGGUGGCAUCUUAACAUUGGUCAAUUGACGUCGGCCUUACUUCCUAAGCAAUAUCUCAGGGCUUCCCGAUAUAGCACCGGCGAACCAUUCAACCUAAUGCUUCUACCAUGAGCCGAAUACAAAAUCGCCUAUUGGCGGCCGCCCGCACUCCCAUAUCCUACUCCCAAACUACCCUCCAAUGUAUCCGCCCUUUCUCCCAAACGUGCUCGCGGCAUGAUGAACCCAAACGCCCACCUUCGCUCCUUAGCAUGCUGUCACGAAGUGCGCAAUCAUCACAAUCGAGAGGACCUCCGCGUCCAGGACCUGGAGGCGAUAUGUCCGCUCUACAAAGAAUAUUGGCGCAAGACGCCGUGUUGGGAGCGCGAAACCUGCCUACGAUGACCGAACAGAUUCUAGGAGAAAAUCAGAAUGAGGCAAAAGAGGAUUGGGGACCCGCGAACGAGCCCUUUCACUUCCACAUAUACGCACACAAGCAUAACUGCCACAUCACCGUAACGAAGCCGAACCGCAACGCCAUUAUCAGCAAGUCGGCCGGCGAUAUUGGCUUCAAGAAGGCUAAACGUAGCACCUACGACGCUGCCUACCAGCUUACGGCGUACAUUAUAGAUAAGCUCCACCAGGGAAAUUGGCACAAGAAUAUCACGGCUUUGGAGGUUGUUCUACGAGGCUUCGGUGCUGGACGGGAGGCCGCUACUAAGGUUCUUCUGGGUACCGAAGGUCGUAUGCUAAGAGAUAAAAUCGUGAAGGUUUCAGAUUCUACAAGGCUCAAGUUUGGUGGCACGAGGAGCCCUAAGCCAAGGAGAUUAGGCUAAAUAAUCAAGAGAGUAAGAGUGGAACAUUAUAUAUACGACCAGUGUAUAUCACAUUAUUGCUAUGUGCAUUGGUGGACAAUAUCAUCCAGCAAGUUCAUUGUGCGUAUAAAUAGUCAAAAGAGCGCCAAAUGCGCUUUACAUAACGACGGAGCAUGCCUUUGGUAUCAAUCAAACCUCAUGUAACGCCACCCAGCCAAAUUGCUAUCAUACUCGUUGCCA